AAGAAACAACAUUAUUAGACAUCCGGGGAGAAACAUGGAGGACACCAUCGGCAGUAAUCCCCCAUCUCUCGGAUUUUUAGAGAAAUUGAAGUCCUGGCUCUCCUGGUCAUGGACUUACGUGUGCUUCGUUUGGUUCGGCAUGGUGCUAAUUAUGGUAUAUGUCGUAUGGAGCCCGCUGAAACUGCAGGAAACUCUUACUUCAGCUUCUGUGUUUCUGAACACUCUUACUCCUAAAUUCUACGUGGCCCUCACCGGAACCUCUUCCCUCAUCUCUGGACUUAUCCUUAUAUUUGAGUGGUGGUAUUUUCGCAAGUAUGGAACAUCGUUUAUUGAGCAAGUGUCUGUGAGCCACCUGCGUCCUCUGCUGGGUGGAGUGGAGAGCGGCUCAUCAACCGGUCUCUUCUCAUCUAUUAAUGGAGAGGCAGAGCCCAGACCCAGCGUCUCUGAUUGCAAAGUCUGGAGGAAUCCUUUGAACCUUUUCAGAGGAGCAGAAUACAACAGGUACACUUGGGUGACAGGGAAGGAACCUUUAACCUACUAUGAUAUGAACCUGUCUGCUCAAGACCAUCAGACCUUUUUUACAGGAGAUACUCAACAGUUAAAGCCAGAGGAUGCAGUGAUGCAGAAGGCAUGGAGAGAAAGAAAUCCUCAGGCCAGGAUCAGAGCUGCUUACCAGGCCAUAGAAAUGAACCAUGAAUGUGCUGCUGCAUAUGUGCUUCUAGCAGAAGAAGAAGCUACAACCAUCACAGAAGCUGAACGCCUCUUUAGAAAAGCAUUGGGUUUUGCUGGGAAAGAUAUCAAUCUACUGGUUUACAUUAAACGCAGACUGGCGAUGUGUGCACGCAAAUUGGGCCGGAUCAAAGAAGCAGUAAAAAUGAUGAGAGAUUUAAUGAAAGAGUUCCCAUUGUUGGGAAUGUUAAAUAUACAUGAAAAUCUCCUGGAGGCACUUUUGGAGCUCCAGGCAUAUGCUGAUGUUCAGGCUGUCCUGGCAAAAUAUGAUGACAUCAGUUUGCCAAAAUCAGCCACUAUAUGCUAUACAUCAGCACUGCUGAAAGCACGAGCAGUUUCAGAUAAGUUUUCUCCAGAAGCAGCAUCCAGACGAGGGCUGAGCACAGCAGAGAUGAAUGCUGUGGAGGCGAUACACAGAGCUGUUGAGUUCAAUCCACAUGUGCCAAAGUACUUAUUAGAGAUGAAGAGCCUGAUUAUGCCUCCAGAGCAUAUCUUAAAGAGAGGGGACAGUGAGGCAGUAGCAUACGCUUUCUUCCACCUGCAACACUGGAAGAGAGCAGAAGGAGCCUUAAAUCUGUUACACUGCACCUGGGAAGGCACCUUCCGGAUAAUUCCUUACCCCCUGGAAAAGGGACACCUAUUCUACCCGUACCCAGGAUGUACAGAAACAGCGGAUAGAGAACUACUGCCCUCUUUUCACGAGGUGUCCGUAUACCCAAAGAAAGAGCUUCCCUUCUUCAUACUCUUCACAGCAGGCCUUUGCUCUUUCACUGCAAUGCUGGCCAUGCUCACACAUCAGUUUCCUGAGCUUAUGGGUGUGUUUGCCAAAGCAUUCUUCAGCACACUCUUUGCACCGCUGGGCUUCUUUGCAGACAAAAUGGAAAACUUCAUGCCGUCCAGUUUUUGGCACCAGCUGACUCGGAUCUGAUCUCAUCUUUGUCUCACUCAGUCAUUCACACACACACACCAACACACACACGCUAAAUGAAAACACAUAAACACCAAUCUCACUCAGAAUUCUUGGACAAAAAGUGUUUGUUCUCCUGUCUUCAGCAUUACCGACCACUUGCUGCAUUGUUACUGAUUAUAUUGGCCAAGAUUGUGUCAACAUAGCCAUAGCACUCCUAAGAUGCUCUCUAACGUGGUUCCAGCUGACAGAAGUUUCCUAAAACUGAUUUGGUUUAUAUAGAAGCUAUUCUCCCGUCACCUUAGUGUCAGUAGGACAUCAGACAUCAUUGUUUUCCAUCAAGGAGUCACAGUUGGUACAAAAAGACUAAAACAUGCAUUAUUACUCACUUAGUUAUUGUCAGGGAUAGGUCAAAGGGCAAGUAUAGAAUUUCUCAUAUGAUGCAUCUCAUUACAGAUCCAUAGGAUUUAUCAUCUAGUUUUUUUAAGCUAAUAAUUUAAAAUGGUUGAUUGAUGUACAUUAAAACAUAACAACAGAAGACCUCCUUAAUAUACUCUGAUUUAUCUUUGUUUUUUUGGCAAUCCAAUACCUCAGUGUACCUCAGAAGCAGUUACUAAGACAUGAAUUCAGAGCUAUAUAACUGGGAUGAAUUCCCUUUUUGUGUUAUGAAACAGAUUUUAAAACAAUCAAUCCUCAUAUGUCUAUUUUUUAGACUCUCUCAAAUACUAUUGUAACUUUUUAAGAUUGUUUUGUUACUUUAAUAGUUUAAAACUAAAUAAAAAGUAAUUUAUCCAUUUGUAAAUGCAACCCUUUAGAGCAAUCCCAUUCAAACCUUGAGGAGAAAAGUGCCUUUGUUAGAAUAUUAUGCCACUGAAUACAUCUGAUUUAAAUUAAUCAUAUGUAGGCAGAAGUAUAAACAAACCUAAUAGUUAUGGUUUUGUUUUAGGAUAUUGGAUAAAGUAACAAGUUCUGCAAUGAUUUAAAAUUGUUUUGUGUACUCUUUCUAAAUUGAUUAACCAGCCAUUCAUUCUCUAAACUCGAUCUCCUAUCAUCUCUUGGGUGGAAAUAAUUUAAUUGUAUUUUUAUAUUAACGAUCCCAUACAAUAAUUGUGUUGCAUUCAAGUUGUCAACAUUUAAAAGCUAAUGUCAAAAAAUAUCUGUAUUGUACUGUUGAACUAAAGCGAGGCAUGCUGAGGGCAGGAGAAUGUUUACACAACUGACUACAUUUUAAUGGGUUGAACUGGAAAAACCUACAAUAAAUGUCGCUUUACUGUCA